AUGUUAUUAGUAUGCCUCCUCCCCGUUCAUCAAUCAAAUGUCGGGUUAAAUCAGAUCAUACGAGAGAUCUCUGAAUCCAUCGCACCUAUGUACCGAAAGCCCGAUUUAUGGAAUUCAAUAGUGUUAUGCGAAUCACCUGAAGCCGAUUUUGAAUCACCUGAAGCCGAUUUUGGAAUAGCGAGAUUGAUUCAGACGCGUGAGGAAUAG